CGUGUAUGCCGACAUGAUGGGGGGCCGAAGCCACGUUCCUCUGGCCAAAGGACUACGUGUCCAGCAACUAACAACCCACACCACACACACAGAUAAAAAUACUAGUGAUAAAUACAAUACAAUACUCUACUCUACUCUACUCUACUCUACUGCACCCUCCCUCAUUCCUUAAUUCUCUAAAUUUAGAAAAGUAACAAUUUUAAUGGAAAAACUAAAACUAAGAGCUGCUGGUGGUGGUGGUGGUGGAGCAGUAUCAGCAGAAGCUAUGUCCAUCUGUUUAUUCCUCCUCAUCACCAUCUUUCUAUCUGCGGCAUUUGGGAUUGGGAGUGAGACUGAACAACAACUACUUCAUAAUAACAAGGAGGGGCUUUCUACGAAAGCAUAUACAUCCCUCUCAGAGAGAGUAAAGGCUAUGUUCUCUCUCUCAUCCACAACACCACCACCAACACCAACACCAACACCAACACCAAGAAUAUGGAGCUCCUCCUGGAACAAGGCUCAAUCGCUCUUCAAUCAACUACAGGCUUACUUCUUUCCUCCUAAUAUUGAUUUUAGGGGAAGAAAGGAAGUGGAGAGCGAUGGUGGUGCGGCUGGAGAAAAGGUAAAAGAGGCAAUGGCGAAGAGCUUCGGCAAGAGCAGAGCAACCGUUGAGGAUUCUGCUAAAUCAGCUGCCAAAUUCGCCGGCGAAACUCUCCACAUCACUGCUGAUAAAGUCAAGAAAAGUUUCUCUCACCCUGACCCCCACCAUCAAACAUCUUCAGAUGAUGAUCAAGCAGAGCUGUAAUUUCCAUAUUCAUUGUUUAUAAUAGAAAAAACAAUAAAAAGGGAAAAUAUAGGUGGUAUCCCAUCCUUUGUUUAGUAAGCUUGCCUAGUACUAUCUUCCCCUAGGGUUUUAUUCCACAUAGCCAAGAGUUUUCCAAAGCUUAGUUGGUUCUCUGUGGAUGCAUGUAUUUGUCAGAGGAUGCCUUCAUAAUUUUAUAUUUAAAUUCUUGCAUGAUAUAAUGAUUCGAUAACGAAGGAAAAUUAUUCACAA